CUCUGCCGCCUCCCCCCUCCCUCCCUCCCUCUCUCUCUGUCUCUCUCUCUCUCUCUCAACUGUGUUAAAGCAAGCAGCAGUGACAGUUCUCACAUACCCUAUCCGCCAUGGCACGUCCAUUCCUUGUCUUGCUAUUCCUCUCAUCUCUCUCCUCAUUCCUCACUCCCUCACACUCCCAACAACAACAACAACAACUCACUCUCAACUACUACCAAAACUCAUGCCCCAAAUUUGAUCAAAUCAUGCAAGACACCAUCACCACCAAGCAGAUCACUUCCCCCACCACAGCCGCCGCCACUCUCCGCCUCUUCUUCCACGACUGCUUCAUCGGCGGCUGCGACGCUUCCGUUCUCGUCUCCUCCACCCCUUUCAACAAGGCCGAGCGUGACGCCGACAUCAACCUCUCCCUCCCCGGCGACGCCUUCGACCUCGUCGUCCGCGCCAAGACCGCCCUUGAGCUCUCCUGCCCCUCCGUCGUCUCUUGCUCCGACAUCCUCGCCGUCGCUGCUCGCGAUCUCGUCACCAUGAUGGGUGGCCCUUAUUACACCGUCAAGUUAGGCCGCAGAGAUGGGUUGCUCUCCAAAUCUUCUCUAGUUGAAGGUAAUCUUCCCAGACCCACCAUGUCCAUGACUCAUCUUAUCAAGCUUUUCGCCUCCAAUGGCUUCACUCUCUCUGAAAUGGUGGCCUUAAGUGGCGCUCAUACAAUUGGGUUUUCGCACUGCAAUGAAUUUAGCGCCAACAUCUACAAUUACAGCAAGAAUUCGCAGUCCGAUCACAGUUACAACCCUCGAUACGCUGACGGAUUGAGAAAAGCUUGUGCCGAUUACCACAAAAACCCAACAUUGUCGGUGUCUAAUGAUAUCAUGACUCCGAACAAAUUCGACAACAUGUAUUUCCAGAACUUGCCAAAGGGGUUGGGGCUUCUGUCUUCAGAUCGCGGAUUGUAUUCGGAUCCGAGGACUAGGCCUUAUGUGGAGAUGUACGCAGCGAACCAAAAUGCGUUCUUUGAGGCAUUUAGUCGAGCAAUGGAGAAGCUAAGCCUUCACGGUGUCAAGACUGGGCGGGAAGGAGAGAUUAGACGCAGGUGUGAUGCAUUUAAUUAGAUUACAACUUUCAUGGGUUGAUGAUGAUUAGAUCGAUUGCUUUUAAUUAUAUUUUUUUCUGAGUUGAUAAUUUGUAUACAAUAAUAUAAUUAUAUGUCUCAUCAAGCUUGAAAUUGAGCUUAGUAUACUUAAUUAUUUCUUAUAUUCUAAAAUACGUUAUGGUGGUUCAAUUCCAUAUGUAGAGCUUUGUUCUUUAUCCUCUCUAAUGGUCCCGAUGUCUUUCUUGGGUUUUGUUGGAAAUUGAAGUAAUUAAGUUAA